GCCCACUCUCUUCCUGUCUAAGAAAAGGGCUGACGCCGAUUGGAUUAAAUUUAAGGAUUUACUUCGAAAAUGCAAUCGGAUGACUACGUGAUCAUAGUAUUUAAACCUGUGUUAUACAAACAAGAGACCAGAAUAGUCUAGGCAUUCAGUUGGGCAACAUAUUGUAGAUUUGAAGAUGGAUUUUCGGUUGCUUUUAGUUGUCACUUUGUUGGUUUUGUGCGUGAACAUUUUAACGUCAGCAACGUCCGAAGUUGAGGAUAUUCUGAGCACGGUGGAUUCACAGAGGGCGACACUACGAUGGCUUCAGCACAAAGAGAAUGGACAGAAAAGACGUUAUUUGGACAUUACGAGCUGGCUGGAGAUACACCUUCCAAAGUUGAAUGCUUCUAUAACGGCGGUACUUGUCCGCAACAGAAAUUUGAUCCACCGGAAGUUCGUGACCCGGGUAGUCCACAAUGGCGGCGCUACAGUCCACAAAGAGACACCUUCUGGGUGCAUCUACCAGGGGGCGCUGCGCGAUCUUGUGACGUCACAUGUUGUCCUAACUGGGUGUAAGGCUUACAGCGGUUACAUAUUUCACAAGGGGAGAUCAUGGCGGAUUCAGCGUCGGACGAAAAAAGACAAACAGGUUGAUGGGUAUGUCAUAAGACGCGUGACGUCACAGUACAACAUGGCGUCAGCUUGUGAAGUGGAACCAAGGAUAAAUGCAGGAAACUACACAAAGACCUAUCACCGGGUGCGCCAUACACGUAGCGCAGACGUUAAACUGUUGGAGCUGUACGUUGUGUUCGGGUUUCAGAUGUAUACCAACUACCUGGGGAAAGACAAAACGAGCGCUGUAACGUAUGCAGAGGAAAUGACAGCGCAUCUUGACUUGAUGUACAAAGUUGACUUUGGGAUCCGCAUUGCGUUGGUUGGGGUGGAAAUCUGGGAAACGAAGGAUGAGAUUACCAUGGAAACGGACGCUAAGGCGCUUCUUGUUAACUUCAUCGACUAUGGGAAGACUUCCUUGAUACCUAACUUUAACUACGACUUGGCGGCAUUCGUUGCAGGCAUUAAGUUUGAGCACAACAUUGUCGGUAUGGCUCAUGUGGACGUCAUGUGCACUCCGCUCUCCGCCACCGUCAUUCAACACAACCCCGGCGUUGACCCUCACCUCAAGUCGGCCAUUACUCUCGCGCACGAGAUCGGUCAUGCGCUGGGCCUCGUACACGAUACCAGCACGUGCGCAUGCGGAGACAGGACGGGGAAAUGCAUCAUGGCAGCGGAUACCUCGGUCGACCCCCGGAGCUUCAGCCAGUGCAGCAAGGAUGCUGUGGCCAAGAUGUUUCGCGAGGGAGGGGCUAGCUGCCUGUAUGACGCCCCCCUGCACGUGUACGGGGGGCCGGUGUGUGGGAACGGGGUGAAGGAGCAGGGGGAGGUCUGCGACUGCGGAGAGAUACCGGAUUGCCAGAAGGACCCAUGCUGUAUGUUUGGCUGCAAGCUCCGCCCAAGUGCUCAGUGCAACACCGGAGGAUGCUGCAAGAGUUGUAAGAUUGUGUCACCUGGCAUGAUAUGUCGCCCCAAGCAGAACGAAUGUGAUCUGGAGGAGUUUUGUGACGGUAAAGUGUCCGAGUGUCCCGCCAACCUCCACCUGAAGGACAUGCAGGACUGUGGGGCCGGGCUGAGUCAGGGCUUCUGCUACAAGGGCAAGUGUCGGAGUGCCCACGCCCAGUGUCAGUACCUGUGGGGGCCCGGUUCUACAUCAGCAUACGCUUCCUGCUACCAGCCCAACCAGGACGGCACGGCCACCGGAAACUGUGGAGCUACCCGCGUCUCGGGGACCGUCACCUACACAGGCUGUGCAUAUAGUAACGUCAUGUGUGGUAUGCUACAGUGUGUUACAAAGAGCAGGUCCCCCGUGGUUGGUGUCGGUCGACAUAUCAUCAAUACAACGUCAGGUUCCCACACGUGCAUUUCUGUUGCUAUCGACCUCGGCGAUGACGUCCCCGACCCUGGUCUGGUGGAUGAUGGGUCCCCCUGCAUACACUUCGAAACCGGAAAUAACCAGCCCGGGGUGUGCUUGGCGAGAGAGUGCGUCGUGCUGCAGACGUUGCCAAAACAACCCUGCCCCAAAGACCCUUCAGGAUCUCAGUGCUCCAAUCAUGGGAUAUGCACCAAUGACAACAGCUGUUACUGUGACGACGGCUUCACGGGGACGGACUGUUCCAAAGUGGGCGGGGUCACAAGAAUCAGACCAAGUGUCUCAUCCAGUGCGCCGGUAUCACAGACGACGAGCCCGUCCUUAGAAACAGGUGUUUCAUCCAAGGCGCCAGCAUCACAGACACCGACACCGUCCUCACAACCUCCAACAGAUCACAGUGUUGAGAUUAUCUGCGGAGUGGUCGGCGGCCUGAUAGCCCUGGGUGGAGUAUGCUUCGUUGUCCUCUGGAGAUGUAAGCGACCUAAAGCUCUCUGGAAGUGGGUGGACACGAAGUUCGGACACAAUUCUACCUCACCACAGAAGGGGCCCCUCCCUGCCUGGGGUGCACACGGUGGGAAGGGGAAUGGAACACACCACAACCCCGGGAGUAAACCAGGAAUCCCGUCCCAUGGGGCACGACCUGGGCAGGGUAGACCGCCCGGGCGCUCUCCCAGUGGACACCCGGGAACCCAACACGUACCCCCAGGACACUGGACCAAUCAUGGUAAUUCUCACGGUCAUGGCCAAGGAAAUGGCCACAGGGGACAUAAUCGUGCAGGCUUGUCUGGUGGGCAUGGCAACUCAGGCGGACACGGUCAUGGACGUCACAGCAUUACUUCAGACUACGGUUCUCAGGAAUCAAUUGAAUCCUUUCAGUUAGAUCGCAACACAGGACCUCCUCCGGACGCUGUCCAAGGCGAGGUGUCUAUGACAGCCCCAAGACGACUGAGCAGGAACCGAUGAAGAAGGGAGUCAGUCUCUGAUGUAGGGUGCCACGAGUGAUUGUAAUAUUUAUACAUAUUCCCGCGACAAAGUAAAGGAAGCGAAACCUCAAGACACACAAGUCUUGCUUCAAAUUUAAAUAGGGUCACCAAUAUGUAUGUGUUACCUGUCCGUGACAUUUAUGUUGCCUGCAUUGUAGAAAUGACUGUUUUCAGUGUGAUCUGUUUAUUAUUAGUCUCUUGCCGAUAUCGUAAGGAUCAUGUUACAUGUUGAAUCGCGAGGUUAGCAUCUUGCCCCAUAAGUAUCAAGAGGAUAUACAAUGUAUCGUGGCACCCUGAGACUGUCGACCAUUGGCGCCACGGAUUGACAGAUUACUGAGUGAACUUUUGUUAUAAUCAAUCAUUCUGGUUAAAAUAUAUGGAUCAAGAGAUGUAGCCAACAUUUAUUAAGUACGACAAAGCUAACAUAAUAUAAUUAUUACACACAUCUCUGUAGACAAUCGAAUCGGAGUGAAAGAUCUGGUUAUAAUGAGAUUAGAGCAAACGUUGACGGCAAUAAUUCUCAAUGUCCAGAACAACGACGAAGAUACUUAGGGAACGGGAUGCAGACGAUUGUUUAAGCUGGAGUGGACAUUUCGUCUUAAAAAUCCUUUCCAAGUUAUAAGAAAACGUAUUUCGGUCUUCCUUUCACAGGGGACUGGUCCAGUGUAAAAGGUUUACUUACGUGUGUCUGUCUCUGUCACGUGAUUCAGUCCAUGCAUGGCAAAAGCAGUUUGGAUGUAUACGCACUCACUAUGAAACCACAUACUGGAAUUUUGGAAAUAAUUUUCGACGAACUGACAGAAAGCAAAGAAAUUGGUAUGUGGUAUAGCUAGUCCUGAAGGCAUGCAAAAUUACAAAAUAUUGUGUGAUUUUGAAUCCUCAUUCACGUUUAUAUAUCUGGACAUAAACUUCCAGUCACUUGUUACUUAUCAGGAGUCAAAAUUUACUAUGCUUUUUCAAACUGCUGUUUUCAGAUCUGUCGGCAUCAUGGUUAUUGAAAUUGGCCUCAUAUUCAUAGCGAAUGAGGCAAAGCACCAACAGUUUGGUCUACCAUUUCUGACAUUGAUAGACUUUGGAAAUCCUCAUAGUUACAUGAAGAUACAUGAAUUGUUUUUGAAAGAUAUGCUUGAACACUGUAUAUACAAUCCAACGACCACAGCAGUCAAUCUCAUUGAUUGUUUGCUUGUUUGUGUAGCGUGCUUUGUAAUUAUUGUGAUGUAUCAAUGUAACAAAUCAUUAUGUUAGCUUUUGACAAUUCCAGUUUGUGACGAAAUGGAGCCUAGGCUCAUUGAUAUUUAUGUCUAUAAUCUCAUAAAGCUGUUCAUGCACUUUUGAUUAGAAAUUUGUUCUUAUUCAAAUAUUACUGUCUCUG